GGCACGGCCUACACGUUGGGUCAGACAAGUGCCGGUAAUUGCAACAUGAUGUCGGCACUGGACUUCGCCACCACCGACUACGCCGCUUUGAACGACGAGCAAUGGGACGGUCUCCAGAACUGCGGCCGCUGCGCCGAGGUGUCGUGCGCCGACGACAGGUGUGCCGACCAGACCACGACUGUCGUGGUGCAGAUUCUCGACCGCUGCCCGGAGUGCAAGCACGGUGACCUCGAUCUGUCGCCGUCCGUCUUCAAGACGCUUACCGGAUCCCACCCGUCCCGAUACACGGUCAAAUGGAAGUUCGUGGACUGCCCCGUGUCGGGCAAUGUCAACUACUGCCUCAAGGGCGGUAGCAACAACUACUGGAUGGGUGUCCAGCCGACCAACUGUGCUACGGGUGUCAAGAGUCUGAAGAUCAACGGCCAGGACACGACCAUGCUCGGUUCGGCCUACUACUAUCUGCUGGACGGCGCCAGUCAAGUUCAGACGGACCUCAGCAGCUUGACCAUCUCCAUGACAGACGUGAACGGCAACUCGAUCGAAGACACGGUGUCACUCACUGCCGACUCGUGCACGCAAGGCGCCAACCAGUUCCCUUCGGGUGGAUCGACUUCGCAAUCCUCGCCGAAGCAGAGCACGCCGACGACUACUGCCCCAAAGCCGACCACGGCAGCUCCGACCACGGCGCCGCCUACCCAGGCUCCGACCCAGACGUCGACACCAACGCCGACACAGACUCCGGCUCCUACGACGCAGACGCCUUCCCCCACUACGGUGCGUCCUGCUACUACUGCCCCUGUUACUACUACCCCGCCCGUUGAGCAAGAAAUCUUACCUACUACUGUUCCUGUGUCUACCACUGCACCACCGACGACGACCCCUCCUUCGACAACCGCGCCCAUUGCUACCGUUGCGCCUUCUACUACUGCCCCACCAACUAUCGCUCCUGUGACGCCUUCUCCUGAAUCUUCAUUUACUCAGGACUCGGGAACCGCGAGUGAAAGUGACGACGGCUUCCAGCUCUUCAACGUGACCGGCACGAAGCGCCAUGCGCCGAUCUGUAACUUGUUGAG